AACGUAUGACGUCUUGUCGUGCAGGGCUAACAGCUAUCGAUAAAUAAUCGCUUACUUCCUUAGCAUGGUAAACAUGAAUUUCUGAUAAAUAAUAAAAUGGAACUGUUGAACGAAGAUACACUGAGCCCGGUUGCCAAGACGGCAAAAAGUGGCAUGUCCACGGGCGGCAAGAUCCUGAUAGCGGCAACAGGCGGAGUAGGCAUCGGCCUGUCGAUUGUGUGCGCUUCCUUUGUGGCGCCGGCAUUCCGGAGGAUUUGUUUGCCUUAUGUGCCAGCGACGACCGAGCAAAUACAGAAUGUUCUGAGCUUCCUGCCCAAGAACUCGGCCGGAAAACUGCUGGACAUUGGCUCCGGAGACGGACGGAUUGUAGUGGCUGCGGCACAACACAAUAAGGCUCUUAGGACAGACGGCGUGGAGCUGAACCCAUGGCUAGUCUACUACUCGCGCCUGGCUGCGCUGCGUCACGGGGUAUCCAAUCAGACGAGGUUUUUCCGGCGGGAUCUCUGGAAGUUCCAAAUAAAAGACUACAACUUUGUAGUCAUAUUUGGGGUUGAGCAAAUGAUGCAGGAUCUGGAACACAAACUCAUCGCCGAGUGUCCGCACAACACCAAGAUUAUAGCCUGCCGCUUUCCACUACCCAGCCUACAGCACGUGAAGAUUAUAGAAGACGGAGUGAACACCGUCUGGUUCUACGACCUCAGCAAAAGCUAGCAAGUGUUAUUAAAUUGGUAUUUUUAUUGUUUCCUCAGUAAGAAAACAAUUCUUAAGAUAAAUGCUCGAAGGGUUGGUCAGUAA